AUGCAUCAAUGUUCUUCAUCAAGCAAGAGUGAAAAGCCAUCCUCUGUAGUUUCAGAUUCAGGACCUAGUGAUAAUAAGUCCAAGUUUACCUUGUGGUCAAACGUUUUUGGGCCUUCUUCCUCAGUUUCUCAACCGUAUAGGGAGCCUUCAACUUCCGGACAUAAGCAAGCUUGCGCUUCUUCUCGUAAUGGCUGGACAGCACUUGUGAAGAGAGCCUUUAUGGCGAGUGGCGCAAUCAGGAGGUUCCAGGAGCGUGUUUUAGGACCAAACAGGACUGGUCUUCCGAGCACGACAAGCGCCGUCUGGCUAUUGGGUGUCUGCUAUAAAAUAUCUGAGGAUGAAGCCUCAGGGUCAGGGGAUACAGAUGCUGGCAGUGUAUUGGCUGCAUUUCAACACGAUUUUUCGUCUAAAAUACUGAUGACGUAUCGUAAAGGUUUUGAACCUAUUAAGAACACAACAUAUACCAGCGAUGUAAAUUGGGGUUGCAUGAUUCGGAGCAGCCAGAUGCUUUUUGCUCAGGCCCUGCUGUUCCAUAGACUGGGGAGGUCUUGGAGGAUCAAAAAAUCUGAGCUGCCUGAAGAGGAAUACUUAGAGACCUUGGAACCUUUUGGUGAUUUCGAGGCUUCACCUUUCUCCAUCCACAAUCUAAUACUAUCCGGAGAGUCGUAUGGUCUCGCGGCUGGAUCAUGGGUAGGACCAUAUGCCAUCUGUCGAUCGUGGGAAUCGUUAGCGUGCAAGAAGAGAAAACAAAGUGAUUCUAACCACCAGACGCUUCCAAUGGCUGUUCAUAUCGUCUCCGGCAGCGAAGACGGAGAGAGAGGUGGGGCUCCGAUUCUCUGUUUAGAAGAUGCCACCAAAUCUUGCCUUGAAUACUCAAAAGGAAAGGCUGAGUGGACUCCGAUUCUCCUUUUGGUCCCGUUGGUUCUUGGUCUUGACAGAGUGAAUCCCAGAUACAUUCCAUCUCUCAUAGCCACAUUCACUUUCCCUCAGAGCCUGGGGAUUUUAGGUGGCAGACCAGGUGCCUCAACUUACAUAGUUGGUGUUCAAGAAGACAAAGGUUUCUACCUUGAUCCUCAUGAAGUCCAACAGGUGGUCACAGUCAACAAGGAAACUCCGGAUGUUGACACAUCCUCGUAUCACUGCAAUGUCCUUCGUUACAUUCCCUUGGAAUCACUCGACCCAUCUCUAGCUCUCGGAUUCUAUUGCCGCGACAGAGAUGAUUUCGAUAAUUUCUGUCUCGGAGCAUCGAAAUUAGCGGAGGAAUCAAACGGUGCUCCACUGUUCACGGUGGCUCAAACCCACAGCUCGAUUAGCCACAGCAAUUGCGAGUUUGUGGAAGAUACAGAGGAAGAACGUGAAGAUGACUGGCAAUUACUCUGA